AUGAAGCAUCUCAUUGAAAAAGGACAUGCAAGUUUCAGGGAUAGUUUAAGAAAAAGCUCCACACUAAUUAGUGAAACAACAAAAUUCAACGUACAUGCUCAUUCAUUGCUUGGAGUGACUACCUGCCAGCAAAUUAGAAGUGAAGCCAAGGAGAUAUUAAGAAUUCUCUACACCAAUGAUGAAGACAGGGGAACUGCAGCUGGUGAUGAUGGAAUUGAUGGAGGUGGCGGUGGUAAGGGUUGUGGUGGGGGUGGGAGUGGUAGUGAUACUCAGAGGAUUUCAGAUCAAAAAGUGUACAUAGGCAUAGAUUCAAGAGCAGUUACAAAUUCAACUAUCAUGGGCUUUGGCCACACAAUGCCCAUCCACAAUACUUUCAGUAACCUGGUGUACAACACGAUGUCUGAUCUGGCCGACAGAGUGGUAGAAAUGACGUCAGGCAACAGAGAGCCAAUAACAUUCUACGAUUCACGUGAUACUGGUCUACAUGCAGCUUCUAAAGCUAAAAAUACACCUUCUGAUGGUAAUACUACCACAACUACCACAACGCCUACUACUGCCAUUGCUGCUAAUACUGCUGCUGCUGCCGCUACUACUACUGCCACUAUUGCUGCUACUACCACCACCACAGCUGAUGUGGUUGAUGAUGAUGAUGGAGAGAUGGGAAAUGUUGUAAAAAAUGAAUUUAGUUCUUUAGAAGAAGAGAUAUUGCUUAUGAAUUACCUCAGAUCAACUGCAGACUACCAAAACAUUAACAAACAACUACAUGAAAUUAUUGGCAGCCACGGUAAGGAUGCUCUAAUCUUAUUUAUCAACAACCGCCUGUCCAAGAUGCAUAAAAAACAUCAUGAUGAUGAUGGUGAUGGUGGUGGUGAUGACGACAACGGUGAAGAAGAUGACGAUGCAGUCGAAAAUGAUGAUAGCGAUAAGAAAAUCAGUGGCAUAAAAUAUAAAAUAGGAUAA